AUGGAACACUUUCAAAGGCUUCCAGGGUCUAUUGUGAUCAUCGGAGCUGGCACUCAAGGCAGGCGGCUUGCUUAUAUGUGGUCGAGCAGAGGCGGCUCUGUUUCCCUGGUAGACUUUCAAGAGCAACAGCUCCAUGACAGCGUACAGUAUGUACAACGGCUUCGUGAUAUACAUGCCGACCGGGAGAAGAGUUGGGGAGAGAUUGGAAUUUCUUACCCGAAUUCACUAAAGACUACACUCAAAGACGCAUGGCUAGUUAUGGAAUGUGUGCCAGAAAUCUUACUCCUGAAGCAAAAGGUGAUUGCUCAACUUGACGAUCUUGCCCCUGAAGGCACCAUAAUUGCUUCAAAUUCCAGCAGCUAUGGUAUCUCGGAAGUGAUAGAAGGGUUGCAAUUGAAGAACAAGAAGAGGGUACUGAGCGCGCACUGCUCUAUCGAAAUCAUGGGCCACAAGGAUACCAAUCCUUCCCUUAUUACCCUACUCCUAGAACAAUCCAAAGCACAUGGGUUUUCGCCUUUCCACGUCAGGAAAAGCUCUAUCGGGUACAUAUACAACAGGAUCUGGGCCGCCAUCAAACGUGAAACACUCCUAGCUCUUUCCGAGGGAGUUUGCACACCCCAGGAGAUUGAUGCAAUCUUCAAAGAUGUAUUGAAGACACCGAAAGGGCCAUGUGAACAGAUGGAUGUCGUUGGGCUGGAUGUUGUGUUGGAUAUUGAAAACCACUACGCAGAGUCCCGGAGUGGCAUCCCUACUGAGCCGCGAGAGUAUCUCCGAAACAUGAUCCAGUAUGGGCGUCUGGGUGUCAAGAAUGGUCAAGGAUUUUACAAGUACACCGAUGCACCCAACCAAAUGCCUAGAAUUUGA